GAGCAGCCUCAUCACGCUGACCUCUGCCUGGGAUGUAAACCUCACGGGCCGCCACGGGCCCAGGAGAGCUCUCGGCACCUCCGGGAAAGCCAGCUCGGCCUCCCCCGCGCCCGGGCUCCAGCCGCGGCCGGCCACAGCCUCGACCUCAGCAAGCGACCAGCUGCGCCUGCGAGGAGCUGAGCGAGCCCGGUCGCGGGCGGGGAGCGUGCGUCGGUUCGCACAGGCUGCGAGAGGAGGGGCGGCGCGAGUCAUGGCCGGGGACAGCGAGCAGACCCUGCAGAACCACCAGCAGCCCAACGGCGGCGAGCCCUUCCUGAUCGGCGUGAGCGGGGGCACGGCCAGCGGGAAGUCUUCCGUUUGUGCUAAGAUCGUCCAGCUUCUGGGGCAGAACGAGGUGGAUUACCACCAGAAGCAGGUGGUCAUCCUGAGCCAGGAUAGCUUCUACCGAGUCCUCACUUCAGAGCAGAAGGCCAAAGCCCUCAAGGGCCAAUUCAACUUUGAUCACCCGGAUGCCUUUGACAAUGAACUCAUCUUCAAAACACUCAAAGAAAUCACCGAAGGCAAAACAGUCCAGAUCCCCGUGUAUGACUUCGUCUCCCACUCGCGGAAAGAAGAGACGGUCACCAUCUACCCCGCGGAUGUGGUGCUCUUCGAAGGGAUCCUAGCCUUCUAUUCCCAGGAGGUCCGAGACCUGUUUCAGAUGAAGCUUUUCGUGGACACAGAUGCGGAUACCCGUCUGUCUCGAAGAGUGUUGAGGGACAUCAGCGAAAGAGGGAGGGACCUCGAGCAGAUCUUAUCGCAGUACAUUACGUUCGUGAAGCCCGCCUUUGAGGAAUUCUGCUUACCAACAAAGAAAUACGCUGACGUGAUCAUUCCUAGAGGUGCCGACAAUCUCGUGGCCAUCAACCUCAUCGUGCAACAUAUCCAGGACAUCCUCAACGGAGGGCUCUCCAAGCGGCAGACGAACGGCUAUCUCAACGGCUACACUCCUUCCCGCAAGAGGCAGGCGUCAGAGUCCAGCAGCCGGCCACAUUGACCCCCGUGCCCUGAUUCCAAACCCCAGCCCCCAGCUCCAAGACACAGGAGGGGUCGAGAGGCUCUGGUCACCUGUACAUACGCCUCCUCAGAAAUUACUGUAUUUAAGAAAACACCACGGAGAUGAAAUGCCUUGAUUUCCCUUUUUCUGCCUUUUUGUACUUUGGAACAGCAAAUCUUGACCGAACUUGACCCCGAGCUUAAGUGACAAACUGUGCCAACUAGUACUGGUGAUGCCUAAUUAUGAAUCCAACGUGUAACCAGUUAUAAAUACACACAUACAUACGUAUAUAUAAAAAGAAAGGAUCUAUUUUUGUGUAACUGUACAAAUCCUGUAAAGCUGUUUGCCAUAAGCAUUCUGUAGGAACCUGUGCGUGGGUGUUUGGCCUGGAGCCCCGCUCAGCAGAGUCCUGCUCUCUGGCACCCGGGGAGCCAUGGCAGUUGGGUGGUUGGUUGGUUGAUGUCCUUUGUUUUAAGAGCCCUGGGCCUCAGUGGGGUGGGUCUCAACCCUCCAGGGCUCUGCUGUCAGAUGCCACCUCCUUGAAACUGGAGCUGAGGGAGAUACUUUUUUGUCUGUCGUUCUUUCUUUUUUGUUUUUGGAGUUGAAAUUAAGUGUGAUCUCAACUCAACUCAAUCUCAGGGAAGAGGCCCACUAAGGAAGAUCGAUCUGUCCUCCUUGCCUCACUCUGGCUGCCUGGGUACCUCCAUGACUCCUAUCUUCCUGUGCUAGCUCUGUUUCCCAGGAAGCCAGAGCUGUCUCCAGUUUCCAGGUGGGGAUUUUAUAGGGUCUCAUCCUGUGCAAGAAAAGAGAGAAGGGGUUGGGGUAGGACUCUAUCGCCUGGAGAAUGUAAGGAAAAUGGCCUCCUAGGGAAGUAGCUAGUGAAUUGCCUGACGUACUAUUGGAUACAGAGCAGCUCAUUGCAGUCUGAGGUUUGGUUAACAACAUCUGGCAUUGACCACUGACAGUUGUUCAAGGAUGCCCCAGGAGUUCCAUCCAUGGAGCUGGCAAUAGCUCUUGUCCCUUCUGAGCUGGGGCUGGACCGUGAGGCGACAGCUGAUGCCUCCCACGGGAGAGCAGCAGCAGCAGCAGGAUGAUUUCCUGGACCACACCGUCACCAUGUGAAUAAGGUGGCUGCCUAGCAGGAAGGGGCGGGGAGAAGAGAAGUUAUGUCUUAGAAGAUAUUAAGGGAGGGUAGUUAAAUCAUGGGUACCCAACCUGGGGUUUUAGAUUGAAGAUGCCCAAGGUAGAGAUUUUCAGCUCUUCUGAGCACUUCUUCUUGGUGGCAACUCCUGCCUAGAGGAAGUUGAUGGAUGGCUUGCUGAGAAGGCAGCCGGAGGGAAUGGGACCAAGCAAGAAGGGAUAGGUGUGAGGUAAAGGCCUUACUCUGUGCUAGCUGCAGAAGAACCGUGGGUUGUCACAUUGGUCACCAUCCUGUGUUUUGUGGGCCACAUGCUUAGCCCCCCAAACCUAUGGGAGAGCCUUGCGACUGGGUAGCACUCAGAGCCCACAGAAGCUCUUACUCCAUUACUUCACAAACCACACCGAGGUUCCCCCGAGCCGUCUUGACUCCCCAAUCAGGAUUCAAAUUUGCCUUCAAUUCCGUGUUUUUCUAUUUAAACGUCAUUAACCCAGUCCUUCCUCAGCAGAGCUUUGCCGCUUUUCUGAGGCAGUAGGAGGCCAUAGUGCAGGCUCGCUCGGGGCAGCAAGUUCACAUAAUGGCAGCUGCCUUUGGAGCAGGGAGCUCUCAGCUCAGGCGCCCUUGGGAAGGCGCACUCACCAAGGCAGAUCCACCUAGAGUAUUUGGGGGGAGUAGUCUUUAUCACAUCAACUUCGUGCAAUUCUGAGAUUAAAAACGGUAGGUUAGGACCUGGCCUCAGACCCCAAGAACAAGGACCUUGGCUUGGCUAGUGUUGCAUGUGCUCGUGGGAAACCUUUUCCUGUGUACAAAGAGCCAUGGCCGCUCAGUGGGUAGCACGCUCAACGUUACUUGAAGCCUCCAGGUGCCAAACCACUUAGUGCCUUGGCUGUCUAGCCCACUGCCGUGGAAAAUGGAUUCUUCUCAUCUCUGAGCCUUUACUUAGCUGCUCCCUCAUCUACCUAUGGUGUUGGGACCAAACCCCCAAAACCUCUGAGCCAGCACGCUUGUAGCUUGGACACAGCUGUAGGACCACCCUACCCCUAUCUCCUUGAAGUGGUUGCCAGUUCUGGAUUGGCUAGAAGCAAUCUUUGCUGGGUACAGGGAAGGGCUGGAAGCUGUCCUGUUUUCUGGCCGCCCAGCUUUCGGCCAGUUGCGCGUUUGAGCUUUCUAAGAGGAGAAACAUUGUGGUCUGAGUCUUGAGGUUUUGGCUGUGCAGUUCCAUUGGAGAGCUGGAGGUAAACGGAUUUGGGUACCUUGGCAUUUGUCAUCCGGGGAUUUUUUUAGCUAUUAAAAGAGAGGCAGCCGAGCUGGGCAGGGCUGCCCAACCUUGAAUCACAGGUGCACACAUCCUUCGGCUUCAGAGCCACCCAAUGGUGCUUGCUUCCCCCACCUGCUCAUAAAUACAUCUUUGGCCUGAGUAUUUAGGAAACAGAAGUUCUGAACCUUGUGUCACAGGAAGGUCCAGCCUUGCACCUCAUCAUAGUAAUGCACUCCGCCCCCCGCCCCCGCCUCAGACUUCUCUUUGGGUAACUCGAGGCUGAAAAAGAUAGGAAUCUGAUCUGGCGUGGGUAGAGUAGGCCCCGGGGAAGGGAGUGGAGUGGCCAAGUCAUCUGUGUCAGAACUAGGACUUACGAUGGUGGCUACUCAGAUCAUGGGGGAAAGUUGGCUCCAGUUUGCUCUCUCCAGGGUGAGUCUCUUGGGAGGCCACUGGGUCAGGUGUGUCCCUGAGUAGCCAAAAGUGGAGACUGAUCAAGCUUGACCUCAAAGCCUCACAGUUGCAGAGGAAUGCAGUCUUUAGCAGGGAAAUGUUUUUCACUGCCCUUGGAACCCGUGUUCAUGUCCAAGAAUCUCCAAAGAAAUGGCUAGCGUCAGCCCCUGGUACAUGCAGGCCCAUGCUUUCUGGGAAGGACCAACUGGCUUUCUCUGUCACCAUUGCCACUUAUACUCUCCUCCUCCAGGCAAUUGCUGUAUGCUUUGUGUCAGAACAAGGAAGAGGGCAGGUUGGAAAGGCACAAUGGGAUGGAUCUGCUGUACACAGUCCCCUCUAAGAUUCUGGCGCUGGGCCUGCUCGGUACUCAGUGGCUUCCGGUUUCUCUCAGGCAGUGAGUUCCCACGCAGGCCUGCCUCAGGAGCAAGGCUGAGUGGCGAGAGACCUAGGCUGUCCUUUCCCUAGAAGAUGCUGCCUCUUCCCGUCUUUGCUUUCUAGUGCCCUGCCUUUGUUAGUAAUAUGAAAUGACCACACCCCCAUGUACUUGGCUGUAAAUAAAGACAAAUAAAAACAACGAAUUCAAA